AUGGAUAAGAUUAUACUGGACGCUUGCGGUCUAGCAAAAAAUGGUACUCCGAAGGAUUUCAAUGAAGCAAUAAAAAAACUUUCAGAAGUCAACGAUCCUACUGUCGAUAUCCUCUAUCUUCGUGGUAAUGCUUACUUGAAACUGGGUGGAGCGAAGAAUAAUCAAGAAGCUAUUGAUGACUUUUCGAAAGCUCUUAGUCUUUACGAUAAGUCCGAUGAGAAACCAUUUAUUUCGAAACUUGAAAUCUACUAUAAACGAGCUUGGGUAUAUCACAUAUUAUGCGACUAUGAUCAAGCUCUAAGUGAUUAUUCAGACAUGAUCAAUCGUGCUAAGCGUUCGGAAGACAAGCGCAAUAGGGAACGUUUAUCUAUGGGAUACAUUAGUCGAGGACUCGUCUAUGAAUCAAUGCAGCUUCUAAAAAAAGCGUUCGACGAUAUCGAAAAAGGCAUACAAUUGGCACAGGAACCGAUUCAUUCCUAUUAUAAAUAUUGUCUGGAGCGCGUGCGUAUUGCUUUGAAUGAAAGUAAAAAUGAACCAGACGAUGACGAAGAUAUUGAAGAAAUCGUGAGAAAUAAUGAUGAUGACAAUGACCAAAACAUUGAAUACACGGAAGAGGAUAAACAAGAUACAUGCGAACCGUUGCCAUCUGAAAAAGAUAUUGAGGAACCAGUUGGCAAAGAAGACGAAAAUGCAAAGUACGAAGAAGACUACUAUCGUGCUCUGCUUCUUAGUGAAAAACGGAAGAGUAAGAAAGCCUUCAAGGCUUUUCAACAAGCGUUUGAUCGUACGGAAAAUCCUUCUAAAAGAGCAGAAUGCCUAUUUCAACAGGGUCUUUGUCAGUACCAGCUUGGUGACACAGAUGAUGCUCGACGAUUAUUUGAAUUGGCUAAGCAAACUGAUCCGAAACAUCCACGAUGUAUUUUUCGACUUGGAAUGAUGCAAGCAGCCGAUAAAAAGUACAAAGAAGCCAUAGAAACGUUUACUACAGCACAUAAAUACGCACCCAACAGUGCUGAUAUUUUGUAUGAACGAGCAAACGCUUUCGAGAAACUAGGCAAACUCGAUAAUGCUAUGUCUGAUCGUCGUCAUGCCAUGCAAUUAGGACGAUCAGUUUCGGUCGCAGUACUCAUGCUUGAAGAUCUCUUGCGUCACUUGAAAGCUGAGAUACUGCAACAUGGUGAAUCACCUAGCCGACAUUUGCGGAUGGGUUUGGUUCAGGAAGAACUGCAUAAAUUUCACAAAGAAACGACAUCAUUUCGAGAGGAAAUGGGAGAAAUGAAGCAAGAAGUGGAAUCACAUAAUGAGAAAUAUUUAGAAGCAGUGAAAGAAUAUAAGGCAGCGAUUCUAUUUGAUACCGAACAUUUCUGUCCAGAAGCUUUUGCAUUCUUGGCUCUAUGUCAAAUGAAAGGACAAGAUUGUCUGUCAGCACAUCAAGCAGUUGAAAGUCUCUUUGAAAAUUUUGCAAAACAUCCUGAAUCAAUAGACACGUGGAAAUCAUUCAUCAGAAUGAUAGGUGACAAUAGUUAUUGGGAUAAAAUGAGUUUUGAUCUUUCAGAAAAAAAAAAGGAAGGACUGAUAAAAAUGGACACUGAUCGUAGAGAAAUAGCUGAGGACGAAAAAAGCUUCGAAAGUGAUGGCAAGGAAAAUCGUUUGUGGUUCUAUCGAAAAUUUCGAAUACAACUAUCGAAUGUUCUCGCUGCAUUUGCUCUUGGUGGAACUCCGCAAUCCGUCCUGGCUCAUAAUUUGAAAGGUUCUUAUCACACGGCUGCAUCGGUUAUCUCAUUGAUAGCCAAAGGAAUCAGUAGUAUACCUCAAAUUGGCUCCAUACUAGAAACAGCAACUGGAAAAGUUGCUGCAAAGCUCGACGAUAUAGAUUAUAAUUUAAUCAAAAGCAGACUGGAGGUGAUUAGCAAUUUUGGAGAUGUCAUUGAUCAAUGCAAUGUAGCUCGUCAAGUAGCUCGAAAGGUGGCUGAUCGAUAUAAAGAGCAGUUACUUAAGCUUCACGAUUCAUAUGAUAGUAUUCAUGAAGGUUGCAGUUCAUGUUGCAAAAGCAUAAUAUCAUUACGUGCUAAACCCAUAAACCGUUCACUACCUGCAGAGAGAGUGGCUAUAUUUGCUGUUAGCUACAUUGUUGCAGCUGUCGCAGAUGGCAGUAUCGAGUGCAUUGCUACCGAUCUCAAUCUGCGUUUACCAUUAACUCCGAAACCAAACGUUGAACAACAAUUGUCGCAGGAGCAACAACUGAAUUUGCCAGGAAAUAAUCAGAAUCUCGCACCCAACAUGGCUAAUACAUCAAACAAUUCUCCAGGUGUUAAUUCACCUUCUGAUACUAUGCCUUCGACACCUGCUGAUAUCGAAUAUUUUUCACUCAACGAUUUUUUUCGAGCUCCUGGCAUUCGAUAUCCUAUUACUGAAAAUUCUGUAAGCGAGAAAACGUAUGAACAGCAGCCCAAUGCUUCUAUCAGUGUACAAGAAACGGAGCCAGACUCAAAAGAACAAAAGGUAGACAACGAAAACGAUGAACACAAUGUCAACAAAUGCAUCCGUCCAGAUAUUCCACAAACUGCAACACAAGAGAAAGAUGAAGUGAAAUAUAAAGAGUGGAGCGGUAUGCCGUAUAUGAAACCUGAACAUUAUGGAUAUCGAUUGGGUACUGUCGAAGAAGUGGAACGUUUGAGUAAAGAAUUAGAGUCUUCGGUUAAAAAAGCAGUCGGCUCUUGUUCUAAAUGUUGUUCUCGAAAAUAA